UCGUUCUUCUGUUCACAGGUUACGUUGAGAGCGACAUCCCAAGGAUGAGGGGUGGAACGGCACUUGCGAUGAGGGCUCGAGAAGGAGUGAUGCCUGAGCCCCAGCCACAACAACUGAAUCUAGAACAACAACUACAGCAGCAACAAAAGAAGUCCCAACAUCAACAUGGAUCCCACGGUGGUCGGUACCCUGAGCCAUACUUCGAUCCUAAUGGCAAUACCAACAUCACAACCCAGCUGGGAGCUCAUGUUCAUCUCCCCUGCAGAGUCAGGCAGAUCAGCAACAAAUCGGUCUCCUGGAUACGUCACCGAGACGCACACAUUUUGACAGUGGACCGCUACACGUUCAUCGCAGACGACCGCUUCCAGUCGUUCCUGGUGGAGUCGGCUUCGACCUGGAAUCUGCAGAUCAAAUACGUGCAGGAAAGAGACGCGGGAGUCUAUGAGUGCCAGGUGAACGCCGACCCCAAACUCAGCCAUCGAGUCACGCUCAUCGUCAUUGUGCCAAAAGUAGAGAUAGUCGGUGAGACAGAACGGUUCGUGAAGGAGGACAGUCAGGUGAACGUGAAGUGCGUGGUGACCCAAAGCCUGGAGUCGCCCAGCUACAUCUUCUGGUACCACAAUGGCCGCCGCAUCCUGGAGAACGGGGUCCCUCGCAAGUCCAUCAAGACGGAGAGCAUCGGAUCGGACACCACGAUCAGCACAUUCUCCAUCUCCUCGGCCCGCAAGGAGGACCUGGGCAACUACACCUGCCAGCCGACCAACCUUGGAUCCGCCCAGGUCGUCCUGCAUGUGCUCAAUGGAGAGCACCCAGCUGCUAUGCGCAAGAACAAUGCUUGCGGCAUCCCGUUUGGUCUGCUCGGCCCUGUGCUUCUUGGCUUCAUCAUCAGGAAACUUCUCCUCCACGAAAUACCAACUCUAGCUGACAUGUCUCUCACAUUUGCAGCCAUCUUCUUCUAAACAAUCCACCUUGCAGAAUAUUCCACCACUGCGUGAGUUAAAUUGUAAAGAGUUGUGAUGUAUGUCUAUUAUUUUUGUCCUGACCACUGAAUAUGUAUAGAUUGCACAUGUGUGUCAUAUCUAUGAAUACUUCCACACAUACUCAUCAUAUAUGUGUAUCAUAUUUAUGAGUAUGUGCUUCAUAUUUAUUGAAACUAUCCAAUGACCAAUGUUUGUUAUUAUUCCAAGGUUGUUGAUGUUGUUAUAGAUUUCUGUAAAAUAUAUUCUGACUCUUUCUGUUAACAAUCGUCAAGAUCAUGUGAUAUUUGUACAGAGCAUAGAUUACAUAAUACAGAGCAUUAAUACAUAAAUGUAUUAUUGGUGCGGCACGUGUUUAGGGAUAAUGGGGGGAAGAGAAGGGUGGGUUGA